UUUUGCCCUGGUGGAUCUCUCUCAUUUAAUAAAAGUCUGAAAUCUUGGAUUACUAAUUGGUGGGAUACUAGGCAAUCCGAAACUUUUUUGAAUGAUAUUCAAGAAAAGAGUAUUCUAGAACAAUUCAUAGAAGUAGAGGAACUCUUCCUGUUGGACGAAAUGAUAAAAGAAUACCCGGAAACACAUCUACAAAAGCUUCGUAUAGGAAUCCAAAAAGAAACGAUCCAAUUGAUCAAGCUGCACAAUGAGGAUCAUAUCCAUACGAUUUUGCACUUCUCGACCAAUCUAAUCUGUUUCGUUAUUCUAAGUGGUUAUUCUAUUUUGGGGAAUGAAGAACUUCUUAUUCUUAACUCUUGGGUUCAAGAAUUCCUAUAUAAUUUAAGCGACACAAUAAAAGCUUUUUCUAUUCUUUUAUUAACAGAUUUAUGUAUAGGAUUUCAUUCGCCCCACGGUUGGGAACUAAUGAUUGGCUCUAUAUACAAAGAUUUUGGAUUUGCUCAUAAUGAUCAAAUUAUAUCUGGUCUUGUUUCUACUUUUCCAGUCAUUCUAGAUACAAUUUUAAAAUAUUGGAUCUUUCGUUAUUUAAAUCGUGUAUCUCCGUCACUUGUAGUUAUUUAUCAUUCAAUGAAUGACUGAAAAAUGAUUCACGGAUUCAAUUAGAAUCUUUCUUACUUUCGAGAUAAGCAAAGCAUGCAAAGUCGUACUUACUUUACUCUUUCUACCCAUCAGGAGAAUACAAUUUCUCCUCUGUUUCAGUCAUUUUUUUUUUUCAGUUUUCAGUAAAAGUAAAUAGCAGAAUCGUGGCUAGGGAACUAUACUAGUGACCUACCUAAUUUUAUUGUAGAAAUUUUCGGGAUCAAUGAUUGGACCAUGCAAACUAGAAAUACUUUUUCUUGGAUAAAGGAGGAGAUUACUCGAUCCAUUUCCGUAUCGCUCAUGAUCUAUAUAAUAACCGGGGCUUCCAUUUCAAAUGCAUAUCCCAUUUUUGCGCAGCAGGGGUAUGAAAAUCCACGAGAAGCAACUGGGCGUAUUGUAUGUGCCAAUUGCCAUUUAGCGAAUAAACCCGUGGAUAUUGAGGUUCCACAAGCGGUACUUCCUGAUACUGUAUUUGAAGCGGUUGUUAGAAUUCCUUAUGAUAUGCAACUGAAACAAGUUCUUGCUAAUGGUAAGAAAGGGGCUUUGAAUGUGGGUGCUGUUCUUAUUUUACCAGAGGGGUUUGAGUUAGCCCCGCCUGAUCGUAUUUCGCCCGAGAUGAAAGAAAAGAUAGGCAAUCUGUCUUUUCAGAACUACCGCCCCACUAAGAAAAAUAUUCUUGUGAUAGGUCCUGUUCCUGGUAAAAAAUAUAGUGAAAUCACCUUUCCUAUUCUUUCCCCAGACCCUGCUAGUAAUAAGGAUGCUCAUUUCUUAAAAUAUCCCAUAUACGUAGGCGGAAACAGGGGAAGGGGCCAGAUUUAUCCCGACGGGAACAAAAGUAACAAUACUGUUUAUAAUGCUACGGCAACAGGUAUAGUAAGCAAAAUCAUACGAAAAGAAAAAGGGGGGUACGAAAUAACCAUAACGGAUGCCUUGGAUGGACAUCAAGUGGUUGAUAUUAUCCCCCCAGGACCAGAACUUCUUGUUUCAGAGGGUGAAUCUAUCAAACUCGAUCAACCAUUAACAAUUAAUCCUAAUGUGGGUGGAUUUGGUCAGGGGGAUGCAGAAAUAGUACUUCAAGACCCACUACGCGUCCAAGGUCUUUUGUUCUUCUUGGCAUCUAUUGUUUUUGCACAAAUCUUUUUGGUUCUUAAAAGAAACAGUUUGAGAAGGUUCAAGUGUCCGAAAUGAAUUUCUAGAUCUGUGGAUUUAUCAACAUCAAAUUUGUAAAAAAGAACAAAUUAUUCCUGGCAAUUAGGUUAGGUAUAAUGAAAAAAGGGAUGAAAAGUCUUUUGCUUGUUUCUAUUCUUUCUCUAGGAAUUGCUUUUACCGCAUUCAAAAUUCAAAACAAAA